CCUGGCUUGCUGGCUUCCUGGCUUCCUGGGUGUAGUCUGCUGCUCGCUGUCGAUGGCGGCGCACAUAAAGCGCUGAGCUCCCAACAAGUUUUCAGCUUCAAGGUCUUCGCUCCCAAGUCGCUCGGAAGUUCCUCCCGCCUGCUCGGCGGCCCGGUUCGGAUCCCCUUCGUUCCCAACAAGUAAGCGGAGCGCCCUCCGCUCCGACAUGGCGGCUUCCCCGCGGUUGUCCCCCCUGGCGGCGGUCGCUCUGACGGCGGCCGCCCUGAUGGUCGGCGUCGGCGCGGCCAUGGACGAGUGCGCGGACGAGCAGGGGCGCGCGCAGCGCUGCAUGCCGGAGUUCGUGAACGCCGCCUUCAACGUCACCGUGGUGGCCACCGACACGUGCGGAAGCCCCCCCGAGGAGUACUGCGUCCAGACGGGGGCCACCGGGGUCACCAAGUCGUGCCACAUCUGCGACGCCCGCGACCCCCGCAACCAGCACGGCGCCGCCUACCUGACGGACUACAACAACCAGCAGGACACCACCUGGUGGCAGAGCCAGACCAUGCUGGCCGGGGUCCAGUACCCCAACGCCAUCAACCUCACCCUGCACCUCGGUAAGGCGUUCGACAUCACCUACGUGCGCCUCAAGUUCCACACGAGCCGUCCCGAGAGCUUCGCCAUCUACAAGCGCGGCGGCGAGGACGGCGCGUGGACGCCUUACGCGUUCUACAGCGGCUCGUGCGAGAAGACGUACGACAAGCGCAAUCGCGGCUUCAUCCGCACUGGCGAGGACGAGCGGCGGGCGCUGUGCACGGACGACUUCAGCGACAUCUCGCCGCUCACCGGCGGCAACGUCGCCUUCUCCACGCUGGAGGGGCGGCCCGGCGCCUACAACUUCGACCGCAGCCCCGUCCUGCAGGACUGGGUGACGGCCACGGACAUCCGCGUGACCUUGAACCGCCUGAACACGUUCGGCGACGAAGUGUUCAACGACCCCAAAGUGCUCAAGUCGUACUACUACGCCAUCUCCGACUUUGCCGUGGGCGGAAGGUGCAAGUGCAACGGCCACGCCAGCGAGUGCGUGAAGGACGGCGGAGGACGUCUGGUGUGCAAUUGCAAACACAACACGGAGGGAGCCGACUGCCAGGCGUGCCGAGCGUUCUACAACGACCGGCCGUGGAGGCGAGCCACCGCCGCCGACGCCAACGAGUGCCUGCCGUGCGACUGCAACGGGAAGAGUUCCGAGUGCUACUUCGACGCCGAGCUGUACCGGGCCACGGGUCACGGCGGUCACUGCGAGAACUGCGCCGACAACACGGACGGACCCAAGUGCGAGCGCUGCGUGGACCGCCAUUACAGACGCGACGACGGCCGCUGCCUGCCCUGCGCCUGCGAUCCUGUCGGUUCUGAAUCUCCUCAGUGUGACAACCGAGGCGUGUGCGCGUGCAAACCAGGUGUGACGGGAGAAAAGUGUGACCGCUGUCAGCCUGGAUUUCACAGUCUCACCGAGGCCGGAUGCAGGCCGUGUUCGUGCUCGCCGUCGGGAAGCACUCAGGAAUGCGACGUCAACACGGGACAAUGUCGCUGCAAGGAAAACGUGGAGGGAUUCGCCUGCGACAGAUGCAAGCCGGGCUUCUUCAACAUGGACGCCGGUAGCGCCGAAGGCUGCUCUCUGUGUUUUUGCUUCCUUCACUCAUCGGUGUGCGACAGCGCGCCCGGCUUCAGCGUGCACACGCUUCGCUCCACCUUUGAGAGAGAUGACGAGCAGUGGACGGGCCAGCAGCGCGACGCGUCCAGCGUGCCGGUGAAGUGGUCGCCCGACGCUCAGGACAUCUCGCUGCUCUCCGAAGACUACUUCCCCAUGUACUUCGUGGCUCCAGACAAGUUUUUGGGCGAUCGACUGCUGAGCUUCGGUCAGAACCUGAGUCUGAGUUUCCGCGUGGAUCGUCGCGACACCCGCUUGUCCGCCGAGGACCUGGUCCUGGAGGGCGCCGGUCUGCGGGUGGCCGUGCCCCUCAUCGCCCAGGGCAACGCCUACCCCAGCGACGAGAAGCACGACUACGUCUUCAGACUCCACAACAGCGCCGACUACCCUUGGCGGCCGGCCGUCAGCCACUCAGACUUCCAGAAACUUCUCCACAACCUGACGGCCAUCAAGAUCCGCGGCACCUACAGCGAGAAGAGUGCAGGUUACCUGGACGACGUGACCCUGGUGACGGCCCGGCGGGGCCCGGGGGUCCCGGCCCGCUGGGUGGAACAGUGCACGUGCCCUCAAGGCUACGAGGGCCAGCACUGCGAGCGCUGCACGGCCGGGUACCGCCGCGCCCGCCCGCAAUUCGGAGCCUUCGGGGCCUGCGAGCCCUGCAAUUGCAACGGGCACAGCGGCACCUGCGACACGCAAACGGGCGCGUGCGACUGUCUGCACAACACGGGGGGCUUGAGCUGCGAGCGCUGCCACGACGGUUUCUACGGCGACGCCACCAGGGGGACGUCGUCGGACUGCCGGCCGUGCCCGUGUCCCGCCGGCGCCGCCUGCGCCGUGGUCCCCAAGAGCGGCCAGGUGGUCUGCACCAACUGUCCCGCCGGCACCGCAGGUAAACGGUGUGAGCUGUGCGGCGACGGUUUCUUCGGGGACCCCCUGGGCGAGGGCGGUCCGGUGCGCGCGUGCCGCGCGUGCAAGUGCAGCGACAACAUUGACCCCAACGCCGUGGGCAACUGCGACCGCGAGACGGGCGAGUGCCUCAAGUGCAUCUACAACACGGACGGCUUCUUCUGUGACCGAUGCCGGGACGGUUUCUACGGCAACCCCCUCGCCGCCGACAAGUGCAAGGCCUGCGCCUGUUCCCCGCGGGGCACGGCGGGCGCUCAGACGAGCUGCUCUGGGGUGACGGGCCAAUGCCCGUGUUUGCCCGACGUGGUUGAGCGCGACUGCAGCGCCUGCCGGCCGGGAUUCUUCAACCUGCAGAGCGGAAACGGCUGCGAGCGGUGCAACUGCGACGCCAUCGGCUCCACCAACGGGCAGUGCGACAUCAACGGCGGGCAGUGCGAGUGCCAUCCGGGCGUCGCCGGGCCCAGGUGCGAGCGCUGCGAGGUCAACUUCUUCGGCUUCAGCUCAUCCGGAUGCAAACCCUGCGACUGCGACCCCGAGGGCGCCCAGUCGGGUCAGUGCCAGGAGGACGGACUCUGCCGGUGCCGGCCGGGCUUUGUGGGCGCCCGCUGCGACAUGUGCGAGGAGAACUACUUCUACAACCGCUCGGCGCCCGGAUGCCAGCAGUGCCCUUCCUGCUACAGUUUGGUCCGGGACAAGGUGAACCAGCACCGUCAGAAGAUCCACGAGCUGCAGACGCUCAUCGACAACCUGGCGUCCGGUCAGGAGACGGUCAGCGACGCGGCCUUCGAAAACCGCCUGAAGGAGGCCGAGCGGGCGGUCCUCGACCUCCUGGACCAGGCGCGCUCCAGCCAGGACGUGGACCUGGGCCUGCUGGAGCGUCUGAACGUCAUCAACGGCUCGCUGACCACGCAGUGGAACCGUCUGCAGAACGUGCGCGGCACGGUGGAGCAGACGGGCGCGCAGGCGGACCGCGCGCGCAACCGCGUCCGCCAGGCCGAAAACCUCGUCGACCGAGCCCGACAGGAGCUGGACAAGGCCAAAGACGCCGUCGCCAAAGUGGACAUCAAGUCUCCGAGCGGCGACGGCGAGCCCAACAACAUGACGCUGCUGGCCGAGGAAGCGCGCAAGUUGGCCGACAAGCACAAGAUGGACGCCGACCAGAUCGAGAAGAUCGCCAAAGACGCCAACGACACGUCCGCUAAAGCGUACAACCUGCUCCUCAAGACACUCGACGGGGAAGGGAAGACCGCUCAGCAGAUCGACGAGCUCAACAGGAAGUACAAGGAGGCGCUGGAGCUGGCCACGAGUUUGGAGAAGCAAGCCAACAAAGUCCAAGCGGAGGCGGAGGAGGCAGGAAACCACGCCCUCAAGAUCUUCGCCAACCUCACCGGCCUGCCGCCCUUCGACACGCGCGCCCUGGAGGAGGAGGCCGACAAGAUCAAGAAGGAGGCCUCCGACUUGGACAGACUUAUCGACAAGACGGCGAAGGAGUACAAUGAGCUGAGGGACGACCUCAGGCCCAAAGAGCAGGAAGUCCGCAAACUUCUGGAGACGGGGCGAAGUGAACAGCAGACCGCUGACCAGCUUCUGGCCCGCGCCGACGCGGCCAAGGCCACGGCGGAGGAGGCCGCCAAGAAGGCUCAGUCCACCUUCCGCGAGGCCGAGAGCAUCCUGGACGACCUGCGAGAUUUCGACCGCCGCGUCAACGACAACAAGACGGCGGCGGAGGACGCCUUGAGGAGAAUCCCGGCCAUCGACGCCACCAUCGCGGCCGCCCGGGCCAAGACGCGCCAGGCCGAGGCGGCGCUGGGAAACGCCGACGCCGACGCCGGGCAUGCCAAGACCAAGGCGGAGGAGGCCGAGCGAAUCGCCGCCAACGUGCAGAAGGGUUCAGCCAAGUCCAAGGAGGACGCAGAGAGAGCCCUGCAGGACGCCAACAAGCUGGACGGCGAGGUGGACACCAUGAUGGAUGAGCUGAGCGCGGCCGAGGACCAACUGAGGAACAAGAAGGCCGAGGCCGACCAGGACAUGAUGAUGGCCGCCAUGGCGUCGGCUAACGCCAAGGAGGCAGAGGACAACGCCCGCAAGGCUAAAAGCACAGUCAAGACUGUCCUCAGCACCAUCGCCGCCCUGCUGGAGCAACUUGGAAACAUCGACAAAGUGGACGUGGGCAAACUGACGCAAAUCGACGAGUCGCUGCGGCGCGCCAAGGACAAGAUGGCGGACAGUGAUCUGGACAGGAAGUUGACGGAACUGAAUGACGUGGCGCGCACGCAGGAGGCCAUGAUCGGCGACUACGACCGACAGAUCCGAGAGAUCCGAGUGGACAUCGCCAACCUCAACGACAUCAAGAACACGCUGCCCGACGGCUGCUUCAACACGCCGUCCCUGGAGAAGGCCUAGACGCCGCCGACCGCCACAAACAUGCCCACUUUACCAAAACUCUCCACUUUGAUUCUUGUCCUUUUUUUUUUUUUUUUUUAACUGUGCGUCCGCGUAAAGCACCAGAGAACAGCACAAACCCCAUGAGACUGCACGCAUGCCGCCGCCGCGCGCAGAAAGUCCCUCCCGCUUCAGUUUCCUGCGCGCGAGCCAGCGUUACCAUCGCUGUUACCCAUCGUGCCCCGCCCCAUGCAGGAAGGGCUCACCAGCAUUGAAGCUUCGCCUCCCCGCCGCGUAACAUAUUCUCGUAUGUGACAUCAUCAUCUUCAUCGCCGGAAUUGUAGUCAUCGCGUCCUGAGGGAUCCCGCUGGGGUCCGUCUUGAGCCACUUGAGCAUUUUAAUUGUAGUCAUCGUCUCCUGAGGGAUCCCGCUGGGGUCCGUCUUGAGCCACUUGAGCAUUUUAUUCAAUAUCCUAUGAAUGGCGCUGCAUUAUAUACGAAAAAUAGUGCUCUGGCUCUGAGUAAAUGCUCCGAAGUCUUUCCAUAAAGCUGUUUGAGCAUUUAUUCCGUAUCCUUCGUAUACAGGUUCACAUCCAUUUUAUAAUUCAGCACACUAGUACACUGCAAAAUCUUACCAAGAAUCUUUGUUUUUAUUUCUUUUCAAAAUGAGUCUGAUUACACUAAAAAUUACACCUAAAAAGCUGUAGACAAUUUUCACUUGUUACAAGCAAAAUUUCACUUGAAAUAAGUUAAAUUUGCCACUGUAAUAAGACAAAAAAAAAAAUAUUUUCUAUCAAUGCAUCCAUUUUCCGUACCGCUGAUCCUCACUCGGGUUGCGGGUGCGCUGGAGCCAAACCAGCUAUUUUCGGGUGAGAGGUGGGAUACACCCUAAACUGAUCGCCAGCUACCUCAAGUAAAAAAUUGUCUAAAACCUUUUAGGUAAUGAGUCCUUUUACUAGAAAUACGACAAAUAUUCUUGGUAAGAUUUGGAGUGUAGGCUAUUGAAUAAAUACUUAAACCACUCCGGCGUACUCUAUAUUCGAUAGCCCGCUAGUGCGCUUAAUAAUAAAUGAAAACUAUUUUGCUUUAAAUAAAUGCUCAAACAGCUGUUUGAGCAUUUAUUCCAUAUCCUUCAUAUCCAUGUACUAGUAGUAAACUUUUUGUCCUCACUAGUAACACAAUUCAAGACGCUGGUACAACAACUAGGGUGCACGAGUAGAAUAACUACGUUACGAGUGAGGCAAAACUGUGCAGUCAUUGACAGCUGUGUGCUACUAGUACAACUAGUGAAGCACUAAACGUUAACUAGGAAAAUUUUAUGUCACAAGUAGUACUAGGAGAACACAGUUGUCUACUACACAGUUUUUCCUCGCUAGUACAUAGACCCUAAAAUAAUUUUGCCGUACAUUUAUCUUACACUAGCACUGAAUUAUGAUUGAAAAAUAGUGUGUUUUGAAUUAGAUGGAUAUCGAAGACAGCCAAUAAUUUUUUGGGAUAUUGCUGCACAGUAGCAUAGUUAUAAUGGUUAAUUGCAUACUAGUAAGCUAAAAGUGGCGCUAGUAGUGGAAAAACACUUUCCGAGGACGACAAAGUCGCUCUAUAGUGCAUUGAAUUGUCAUACUAGUGAGGACAGAGCGUAAUAGUUCAUGGCCCUUACGUUGUUUGUUCAUUUGUUCUUCUCGUACAUGACGUCGUCGUCGUCAUCGUCAUCGUCGUCAUCACCACUUCCUGAGUGAACCCACAGGGAUCCAUCUCGAGCCUCCCUUACAUUACCCAUCAUGCACCGCUGCUUAACAUUUGUUCUUCUCGUAUGUGACAUCCUUCUCACCAUCGUCAUCAUUAUCACGAGGGAACCCACAGCGCCAGAUGCUAAGCUAAACGUGUUUGCUGUCAGUCAAUCGUGCGAAGCGAGCGAGCGAGCCAACAAUCGGGACGCGCCCAUGUUGGUCAGUCCCGCCUCCGCUCGCCGCUGUUCCCGCAAUUUAGUCCACCCCUUCUCAAGUCACACGUUGCCAUGGCGGCGUCACCCGGACUCUAUGCAACUUUUGUACAUUUGCUCUGAUACACUGGUGCUAAAGAUGGUUUUUUUAAUCACGUUUUUGUGUAAAUAGCGACGACGGCGGACGGCUCGUCGAUGUCGCCAUUUUCUUGUUCUUUAUCUCGUGUCACAUGACUGAAGAUGUAGUUAACCUUUUGAAUUUUAAUGACUUUGUGCCUUAAUAUGAACUUUUGUGUGUGUAAUCAAAACAAGAACACUAUGACCUUUGACCUCCAUCCAUCCAUCCACGUAUAGACAAUGUAAGCACACGUGUGUAAUAAACAGUAUUGUUAAGUUAUCUGGCACGUGCUGUUGGUCUACUUCCUGUUAGGCCUUGUCACCUUGUGUUUUCUUGAACCCUUCAAUAAAAAAAAAUUUUUUUUUUUUCAA